AUGGGAUCCCAGUCGUCGGGGGGCGCGACGGCGGGGUCGACCGCCGGCGCAGAGAUAUGGGGCCUUCUGCUGGCAGACCUCCAGACGCUGGACGGAUCGCUGCAGCUGGCGGCGCAGAGUUUUGGCGGCGAGGGGCUGGACAAGUCCCUCUCCGCCACAACCAAGCGAAGGAUGGGCAUCCGCAGCCUGGCUGGCAUUUCAGAUGGGAGGAAGAAGUUGCAGGAAAUCACACUGCAGCUGGCAGGCCUGCGUGAGGCCUCCCACAAUUGGCAGGCAGCUGUGGCACAGGCGGAGUCAAGUCGUGCCAGAGUUGCCCAGCAGCAUUUGCAAGUGGUGUCUGAGCUGCAAUCCACAAUGGACCAGUUGAGGACAUUGCAGGCUGAGAAACACGUUGCAGUCAGAGAUCUGGAUGCUGCAAGGAAGCAGGUCCAACAGCUGGAGACAGAAAAGAAAACAAUCGCUGCAUGCCUCCAGCAGAGAGAAGACGAGCUCGAGACAGCCCAGUUUGCUGCGCAGGAGGCUGGCCUCAAGGCCUCGAGAGCAAUGGAGGAGGCGGGAGAGCUGAGGCGACUGGCGCAGGAGGCGGAACGUGACGCGGACGAGGCCCGCUCGGCGCUGGAGGGUUUGAGGGCGGAGGAGCAGAAGGGGAGGGACCUGGUCGACAAGCAGCAAGAGGUACUGCCAUGUGAAAACAGGUGGUUGCCCAACUGA